GCACGAGUUGUUCUCUUGGCAGAGUGAGAGUGCCAUAUAUAUAGAGAGAAGGGGAAACUCGACUCGGCACUCCAAAGCACACAGCCUCCGCGAUUGCAGUGUUGCGUAUCCCUUUAAAAGUCUCUCCUCUUUUCUCUUUUCCGAAAAAACAACACGUCUUUUUUCCGGUCGGUUUACCACGAACGAAGGAACGAAGCGAUCUUCCGACACCAUGAAACUUACGCUCUUCACAUUAUUAGCUUUGUGCCUAAUAGCUGUCUGCAGGUCAGCCGAUGAGGAAUACGAUUACGAAGAAGAGCCAGUGGCUGCUGUGACUCCAGCCCCAAGCAAACCGGCAGGUGGCAGAUUAGGAGGACUUUUAUCCUCGAGAGGACGAGUCAACGUUGGUGGAAGAAAAGCAACGCCAACUCAAUCUACGACCGCUAAACCAGUCGAGCCACAACCAUUGGAAGAGGAAGAAGAGGGUGAGGAACCGCUCGAAGAGAUUCACGAACAAGAGGAAAUCGUCACUACGACGACCGAAUCUUUAAAAAAGGUUCGAGGCGGUGUCAGACCAUUUAGAUCAAACGAGGAUCUUAUAGCCGCGUUGAAGAGGCGACGUGCUCAGACUGGACCAAGUAGUCAUACUCGGGAAACCUCAGGGACACAGGCCCAAACGGAAUCAACGACUCCGAAGUCGAGAACGUCGACGAGCAGUCGCAAUAAAGCUGGAAAUUCGGGUGGUGGAGAAUCAAGGACAACAACGGCGAGCCGUGGCAGAUUUGGUUCAUCGAGAGGUAAACCUGUUCAAGAAGAGGUCGAGGAAACGCAACAAGAAGAAAUACAAGUUAAACCUAAACCUUAUCGUAGGGGAUAGAUAUCGAAAGGUUUUUAAGGAUCAUAAGAAAAGAAAGAUAGAUAGAGAUAGAUAGAGAGGGAGAGAGAGAGAAAGAGAGAGGUAGGGACAGAAAAAACACGAUCCUUAAUUUUCCGCAAAAGCAAACGAUCAAAGUUUCUCAAAGCGUAAUAUAGUAGUAAGAAAGGAUCUUUAUUUUCGUCCUCGUCCACGUGUCCAUGACCUUGCCUUUUGCUUUUGCGUAUUAUAGAAGUAGAUAAUAUUAAUACUUAAGUUAAAGUCGAAACGAAAAACGAAGACACUGUCUUUGACGUAACCUAUGCAAGAAAAGCAAAAAGAAAAAAAAAACAAAAAAAAAUAUAAAAAUAAAUAAAUGAAAAACGAAAUAAAAAAAAUAACAAAAAAGGAUAUAAAGAUCGUCAACGAUCGAGCUUCUUUAUCUUCUAUCUAUAACGUGAUUGAUUUUUCUUCGUCGAACUUAAAAAAAAUGAUUUUUGUCUUAUCUUUUGUAAGGGAUUUUUUAUCGAAUUAUUACAAGAAGAAUAGCUUCUUCGAUGACAUUGUCGAUGAGAUCGGAGUUCUUUAUUUAAUUAUAUCUAUCGGAUCAUUUGAAAGGUAAAUAAAAGCUUAUGAUUUUUUUUAUAGAUCGUGCGUAUCCGAAUACGACGAUCUCUGUAGGUAUAAAAAUAUAUGUACGUAUAUAUAUAUACGCACAUGUAUACACACGUAUAUAGAUAAGAUCUGUCUCUAUCGAAGAAGUCAAGUAUUAGCUGUAUAAAUGUAAAUUAAUAUGACACGAGAAAUAAAAUGAUAUAAAAAAAAAAAUCAACGAUUAUAGCGUUUCAAUAAUGCGUGUUGAAUAACUAUACAAUACUUGGAGAAAAUUUUCGAUUGGGGAAUUAUAA